GCUGUUGUUCGCUUCGUGGGUCGCGUCGCGUCGCGUCGUUCGAAACGAUGACCUCGUCGUUGUAUCCAAAGGUGCCGCUGGACAAGCGGCCGGACUUCUACAAGAUCCUGAGUGUGGCAGGCUUGUACACGAUCAUCUCUGGGAUGAUCAAUGGAAUUGCGGUGGUGGAGUUAACUACCCCUGUGGGCUACACCUCUGGAGGCUGUGUCAACGCAGGCCGCUUUUAUGCCGCUGGGGACAUGAAGCAGGGCUCCAAAGUCCUAGCGAUGUGUACGCUUUACUACGCCGGAGGCAUCCUAGCAGGUGUUUGGCCCAAGGGCUGUGAUGGCGACCUGGUCUUCGAAGGCAAGACUUCCCCAGGCAUGUUGCUCUCCUCGUUGCUGGUCCUACUGGGCAUCUGGCUGAAACGGCACCGCGAGCGGCCCACCCUGGCCAUGCAGUGCUGGGCCCUGUCGCAGGGGCUGAUGAAUGCCACCAGCAGCAGCUUCAGCGCGGUGCCCAUGCGCGCCACACACACAGCGGGAGGGCAGACUGAUGCGGCCAUGAGCCUCGGGAAGGCCUUCAUGAACUUCCUGAGGGGCGAAGUGGUCCCCUGCCAGCGCAAGGUCUAUUUGAACGCCAUUUGCUGCGCAGGAAUGAUCCUUGGUGGUCUCUUGGCGGGGAAGACGCAGAAGAAGUACGGCUGCGUCGCCGCGCUCUUCCCCGCUGGUGCCCUGGCCUUCUCCGCCACCAUCCUGCCGCGGAUGAUCGCGCCAGCCCUGACUGAGAAUGGGCCGAUCGAGGAGAAGAAGAAGUGAUGAGAUCCACCAGGUUCUAAGCUGUGAUCCAGGUGGCGUCGGAAAAAUGGGCAGAACGAGAUACCCCAGGUACCCCCAAUCUAUGGGGUUUUGGGAUUUGGGGAAAGUGAUGAACUGGCGGAUUUAUGGUGUUCUGACGGUCUAGCCCUUUUUUUGACCACAUUUUCAGCAC